UUUUCUAAAUAAAACCUUUUAUUUUUGUCAUUUUGAAUUUCUUUCGGCAGUUCAAAUUCUCAACAACAAUAUGAUUUUGAACCUUAUCUUUAUUAUUAUCUUAAGUUUAAUAUAUAAUAAUAUAUCGCAGGUGGACCAACCAUGUCAGCUUCAUUGAGACUGGUGCACAUGUUCUUCGUAUAUUUAGGAUGAUGUUGGAUCAGAUGCUCCCAGAUCAGUUUAUAUGGACGCCAUAUGAUCUGGAUGAUCCGGAGUAUCAGUCUGUAGGUGGUGAUUCGACGAUCACAUGUAAUGGUAUAUGGGUAUCGAGAGUCCCCCUGAUAUGCUACGCAAUUGUGGAGAUGCAUCGACCAGACAGAGUAGUACGUCAGUUCGGGAUGGUACAACCCAUACCUGAACCUCCUGAAAAUACUGAGACGGAUUUCCGGAUGCACGUCAAUGCUAACCGUACAGGUGCUACCAACCGAGACUGGAGGCUUACACAUGUUUCGCAUGUUACCGCUUGGGAUAAUAGACUCGAUUAUAUUGUUGAUUAUCCAUAUGCCAGUGACAGUCAGACUACAGAAGAUGGUUAUUUUGAGUGGUAUGAACUGCACACACGUCGUUUCAUAUCACCGAUUACCCCAUCUGAUCGUACAGGAUUUCAGGUUGGAGGUCAGAUUUCAAUGGAUACAGUGAUUCAGCAUCUUCGAUCGUUGAUUGUUUCUGUUGAUGGCGGAGACAUGCCCCGGGAUGGCUAUCGUUCGUAUUUACCGACUCUCAGAACAUGUCUUAAUGUCUUAGAGUCUCGACACGGACCUUCAGAUAGGCCUCAAUCUGAGAUGCCUUAUACUCAGACUCACUCUCAGACUCAGACUCAGAUACCACUGUCUCAAAUGCCUCAGUCACAGACUCAGAUGUACGCUGGCGAGGCAGGAACUUCUUCUCGUGCAUAUUAUCCGGCAUUCGAUAAUUAUACAGAUCCUAGAGCACACGGGCAUCCAUCUGGUAUGUUUAGUACCUUUGAUUUUAUUUUUAAUACUAUCUACAACUGUGAGUUUAAUUAUAAUCUCGUUGAUGCAGAUCCGUACACCCCAUACCCCUACUUUAAUCCGAAUAUGAAUUCGGAAGACCCAAUUCAUUUGGGGUCUACGCAUCAGUUUUCGUCUUCGCGACCGGUAGAUCAUCAGAUCACACCUAUUCCUUAUUUUGAAUCCGCAAAUUCUUCGAGUGAUGAGGAUGAACAAGUUGGUAGAGGGCACAGGACUAGAAGGCCCCCGAGAUGUGGCACCGGAGGUCACCGUCAUUGGUGAUAUUAUUAUUGUAGUUUAUGUUGGUUAUUUAUUAAAACUUUUUCGUAUUUUAGUUAUUCAAUAAAAAACAAAU